ACCAGACUGAACACCGCGAACAGCAGGUCGGCCAGUGCAACUGCCAGCAGCUACUCGGGUCUAUGAGAGGGUGAAUCAGCUGCCAAGCUCAACUUUUCGAUGGCUGCUGUACUGCAUGGAUGGCUCGAGGAAGAUUUGUGCGCCAGGAUUAGCGCUGCUAAAGCUUACAGGGUGCCUUUGGAGCGGACAAAGCCCUUGCAACUCCUCGAGUUCCUCAAUUUCCGCUUCGAAAGGACGCCAGAUAGCGAGCUGAUCAAUGGUUGGGUGUCUGAUAGUCAAGUCAAGAUCCCGUGUACCUUCACGAGAGAAUGCGAGAAGAAAGUCAUGGGAGAGACGGGCAUGCGAUUCACGCAACUUAGGGCUGCUAUCAUACACAAUAUCAAAGGCCAUGUUGAGAUCUUCUUGGAAGCCGGAAAAGAUCAAGCGCGGCGAGCGAAAGCCAGGCUACUCAUUUCGUCUUUCUCGGUCUUUAGUGGUAUUGGUGAGCAGUUGUUCGGUGUACCCAAGGACUUCAACGUUUUGGUCCCAGCUAGAGAAGUGCUCAAUACGCGCAAGGUUGGUAGCUUGCUACAGUCACAAGUGGCAUCUCCUGCACAAGCCGAUGAGGACGAGGAAAUCCGCAGCCAGGCAAAUGAAUCUGAUGACUCCCUAGACAUCGGCGAUGCCUCACCACAGCCAUUCACACAAGCGCCAGCUGCAAUGCUGAAGAAACUACCCUCAGGGCUCGCUAACAUUGCGGUCAAGCCUGCUGUACCCGCCACUACAUAUCCACCGGCAAUUGCAGCAAUGGCGACGCAGUCCGUCAAAAAGACUGAGUCCCCAACACCAGCCCUAGCCACGCCAGCUGCGAUUCAGCCCAGCCCAGCGGUCACGAGCUUACGCAGGGCUUUACAAGCGGAAGCUGCUCAAAAGACUCCCGCGAAGGCUGUACGCAUGGACCUGAAUGGCCAGUCCGCACCACCCAUAAAACUAGGGACAUCUCAGGAAGUUCCAAUUGGAAAGGCCAAGGAUUUAUCCUCUUUACAACGUCCUGACUCCGAGCUCAAUACUGUGGCACCUUCAACACCUCUCGUUGCUCCGAUUGCUGCCAAAGCUGCUCCUCCUGCAAGCGCUAUCGCGGCGAAGCUCAGUUCCUCUCAAGCUACGCCUUUGCAAAAGAUGGAGCCUCAGUUUACCCAAGUGGCCUUGGCUGCCCCCGCCAAGGUAGAAGCACGCACCAAGUCGCCGCCGCCGCCGCCACAAUCGCCCGGAGUCGCCGCUCAGGUCGAAGAGCUAGAGAUACCUCGAACUAGCGUUCCAUCUGGAAGUCAAGUUGCAGAAGCGGGAGAGGCAGCAGAGCCUGUCGCUCCACGCGUGACGAGAGUCCUGAUUCACGAAGGCUGGUCUGAUUUCCAAGACUUGACUUACUAUGACCAAACCAUUCCUGUCGAUCAAGUUGCAGUGCUCGAGAGCGAAGACUGCUGGAGGCCUGAAGGCAAUUAUAAGAUUGAGGCGAUCAAGCACGUUUCCAAGAAGGCCAAGGAAGCUGCUGCUGCAAAGGUCGCUGCAGAUGCACUGAAGCAAUCUUUAGAAGCUGCCAGGAAACACACUGCUGCAAGUCUGAAAACGACAGAAGAAUCUGCACAGGAUGACGGUGAUGAUGUCGAGCUCCCUGCAUCACAAUGGGAGCUUUCGCCGUCGCCGCCACCUAGAAGAGGCCACAAUAGCCCGCCACCUCACUCGUCCCCUAGUGAGCCUGAUUCGCCUGUCGCUUCGAAACCCGACUCUGUCGCUCCCUUCAUCCCCGGCAGGCUGCAUGGUGAUGACACGAACGAGCUGACAAAUGCUGCUGCUCCUGCAAGCAGUCCGAUAGCAACAGCUGUCCAUGCGAGUUACGCUGACCAGGAUCUUGGUGUUCCGCUUGGUCAAGGUGGCCGCCACAUACCGGCUCCAGUUCACUCGCACGAUGAUAGCGAUGAGGGCGAAACGUACAAGACGAGGCAAUCUUUCGUGCCAUUGCCUGGUUCAGUCAUGGAGACUCAGUCAUUGCCGACGCAAGUGUCAUAUCCUGACGACAGCAGUAGCAGUGAAGAUGAGUUCCUUGACCCUGCCCAGCCGAAGCGUAUGCAGGCCCAAUUGCAAUCUGUUAAUAAGGAUGUCGAGCCCACUGAUAUCACCACGACACAAAUGGCAACGCAUGCAAAGAUCCCUUCUGGCUCGGUCCCUAUGGGACGAGAAACCUUAUCGGUCGAAGCAGCGGAUGAGCCUGCCGAUACUACUGAGGCAAUCCAGCAGGUCGCGGGCGUCGCUUCACCUGUGCGACCUGAGUAUCGCCCAGCACCUAGCAUGCAUACACCGCCCUCGUCUGGCCAGGGCAAGAGCAGCAUGCCGACGCCGCCUGAUGAUGGCGAUCUGUCUCGCGAGCUCGCCUCUGACGUGCAGAUGAUGGACGCCGAGAAUCCAGCAGUGCUGGUUUCUGAGGAGGCCAAGACUGGUGAUGUCCACAAAACAGACUCGGACACCAUCAUGCGUGACGCAAACGAAACUGCCACUUUGUUCGCUACGCAAAAGGCUACUUCACCACUUGCGUCGAUCACGUCGACCAAAAGCCAGUCAUCUCAAGCGCAAGCUGCUGGCAGCGAUGUGCCAUAUACGCAAGCUCCAAGGCGACUUUCUCCUGUCCUUCAGUCUCAAACGCCACAGCCUGCUGCUACGCAAUUACAGCCUCAAAAUUUGAGGCCGUCGUCUCCCGUCAAAGAGACACAGAGGGUCAGCACCGAGGCGCGUACGUUGCAAACACAAGGAGAGAGGGAAGCGAGUACGCAGCAGUCGCGCAAGGCUUCUUCUCCCUCGAGUCCCACACGUGUACGCGUGAUGAUGCCACCAGCUGGCGACCGUUACCGUGCUGUCUUUGCCAGCUCGCCAGUCGCAGAAUCCACACCAUUCGAGAGUGCCGCUGUUGUGAGAACCACAACAAACACUGCGGUUGCAAGAACAGAUGGGCAGCAAACAGUUGUUGAGCAGCAAAUAGUGACAGAGGUGGAGCAGUCUUCCUUGGAGUCUGGAGCGGAUGCCGGCGCAACUACUCAACAGGCUCAUGCUGACCUUGUCACUCAGCCUUCCGUCGAGGUGACUGUCCUUAUGGAUACAGUCAUGCAAGUGCAGUCUGCUCCGACACAAGAGGAAGCAGAGCACGCGGAAGCUACUCCCAGGCAACAUGUGUCGAUCAGCAAUGUGCAAGAGACGCCGUCAUGGGAGCUGGAGGAGCGGCGAAAUCUGUCAACAAGCAACAAGUCUGGGCUUCCUGCGCGGACGCAAGGUUCGGCCGUUGGCAAGGCUCUCAAGCCGGCUGAUGAUAUUUCUGCUUCUCAAGUGGUACGACACACUGUGCUGCUCAAGGAUAGUUUGCAGAAGCUCAGAAAGGUUGCUGGCAAAGCGAAUGAUAAUGGUCGGUUGACGGCAAGCGAUUUGGUCAAGCAAGGUCGGCAAGACUUUAAGCGAAUGCAGGGACAUUUGAAGGACACUGAGUGGGCAGAACUGUCGGAUGCAAGUGUAGACGAUAUCUUGGCGGAGAAUCCCUCGCUACCUGCUCCAUCAUCGGUGCAGCGGCCUAUUGUGCUUGACAGCGAGUCUGAGACUGAUACAGCAGCUCGAGACAAUGUCGGUGAGAACUCAGACAUGGACGACGAAGAAGACCGUCUCGCUGCUGCCUCACUCAAGGGAUCCGAAAAGAUGACGCGGAUUUAUGACAACAAAAUUGCUCCAUCACAAGAACAAGCUCAUUCGCAAACAUCCGUGCUGACAUCGCCCGGCAUUGUGACUCGUCCCUCAUUCCCGCUACGUGCCCGGAAACAGAAGCGGCGCAUCGAGGAAAUCGCGUCAUCCGACUCAGAUGAACGGAUUGAGGGGCCCUCCCGCAAGAAGCAUGCUGUUGCCAAUGCUGUUGACGACGAGGAGAUGGAGUUGGAAUCGCUUGGCAUUGACAUGGAAGCGGAGCUAGAGGAAGCUGCCAACCUUGAUAUACCCUGGUGGCUCGAUGAAGAGACUAGGCCGACGCGACCGAAUGAAGAGAAUACGCCGAUGCGAUUGCUGCUAGCAUCGACCUUUUCGAACAAAGCGCAAGCGGUCAAGAAACCUUGCAGUGUGUUUGACUGGGAGUGGAUGUUGGAAGCUGCUGAUGAGAGAAAAGUCGCUACAGUCUGAAUGGUCAUUAGUCAUACAUAAAAUCAUUUGCUUC